GGCCCGGCUGGAGGGGGUGUGGGGCUCUAGAUGCACACUCAGUGGCCCGCACCGGACACGCCCACGUCCUCUGGGGUACAAGGGCUCCCGCCCUGCUGUCACCGCAUGCCGCGCUCUGACCCACACGCCAGGCACACACACACUUGCCCACACCACGGGGCACAUGGCCGCGCUGUCCGAGAGAGGGGUCGCAGGCCGCCAUUGGCCACCCUUCCCCACCGGACGACAGGAGGCCUGCCUGGGUCCCACGCUGGCUCAGGGAGCGGAGGGACACAUGCCACAGCGGGCCGGGAAGAACUUCUGGUGGAUGCUGGCCGAGGAGCCCGGCGUGCCCUCUGGGGAAGAGGGCAUGGCCAGUGGCCUACAGCUUGGCCUCAGCUUCUCCACCCACACAGUGGGACAGCUCCGUGCUUGUCUGCUGGGGCAGGGCUCAAAUUGGGGAGCGGGAGUCCAUUCAAAGGGGACCUGGGGCACACGGAGCCAGAAGCUCUGCCUGGCCAGGAUGGAGCUAUCUCCAUCAGGCGGGGAUGCCCCCCUCCGUGGCUGUCACCCCUUCCAGGCCUCCUGACCUGGGGCUGCCGCUGAGUAUGCGGCCCUUCCUCCGGCCUGGGGCCAGGGCCGCCUCCUGGCCAGCUCUCCUGGCCGGCUCCCUCCGCCUGUUCUUCCUCUGCAGCCCCCCGUGGCGCAACGAUAUGCAAAUCUCCCGGGCCACAGUGGGCACAGGCGUUACUGAGGGGACCCCUGGGCAGGUGGCCGCACCUCCCUGAGCCUCGGAGGCCCCGUCAUAGGGGAACGAUGAUUCCUGCCUCCUAGCCAGUAACAAGGACCACAGGGGGCAACAGCCACUGGCUGGCUGGCGUGGUGUCCAGCUCCUGGCUGAGAGUCGCUGUCCCAGGGGCGAUGGUGGGGUCAGUGAUGCUGACGGCUGACCAGGCUGUCCUGCCUUGCAGUCACCUACUGUGGGAAGACCCUGCACCAUAGCACGUUACAAACACGAGGCCUGACCCUACGGCUGGGACUGCCUGCCGGGAAGCCCUGAGCCCCCGUGGGCUGGCACAAAGGACGUGCAAGGCCAAUGCGCGAGAAGUGUGCGGGCCAGCGCACAGAGAGCAGAGCCAUGAGAAGUCUGGACUCACCAGGCCGGGAGAUGGUGGGGAACUGUUCCUGGGAGGCCCAUCCGGGCAGCCGGAGUAAGAUGUGUCCUGACGUGAGUGAGGCCCCCGAGCUCUACAGCCGCGGCUUCCUGACCAUCAAGCAGAUCACCAUGCUGCCGCCACCCGCCAUCAUGAACUACAUCUUCCUGCUCCUCUGUCUGUGUGGCCUGGUGGGCAACGGGCUGGUCCUCUGGUUUUUCGGCUUCUCCAUCAAGCGGAGCCCCUUCUCCGUGUACUUCCUGCACCUGGCCGGCGCCGAUGUCGGCUACCUCUUCAGCAAGGCUGUGUUUUCCAUCCUGAACACGGGCGGCUUCCUGGGCACAUUCGCCGACUACAUCCGCGCCGUGACCAGGGUCGUGGGGCUCUGCACGUUCGUGGCCGGCGUGAGCCUCCUGCCCGCCGUGAGCUCGGAGCGCUGCCUGUCCGUCGUCUUCCCCGUCUGGUACUGGCGCCGCCGGCCCAAGCGCCUGUCGGCCGUGGUGUGCGCCCUGCUCUGGACCCUGUCGCUCCUGGUCACCAGCAUCCACCACUACUGCUGCGUGUUCCUGGCCUCGCGGGGCUCCGGCAGCGCCUGUGGGCACAUGGACACCUUCCUGGGCAUCCUGCUGUUCCUCGUCUUCUGCCCGCUCAUGGUGCUGCCCUGUCUGCUGCUCAUCCUGCACGUGGAAUGCCGGGCCCGGCGGCGCCAGCGCUCUGCCAAGCUCAACCACGUCAUCCUGGCCAUGGUGUCCGUGUUUCUCGUGUCCUCCAUCUACCUGGGGAUCGACUGGUUCCUCUUCUGGGUCUUCCAGAUCCCGGCCCCCUUCCCUGAGUACAUCACCGACCUCUGCAUCUGCAUCCACAGCAGCGCCAAGCCCGUCGUCUACUUCCUGGCGGGGAGGGACAAGUCCCAGCGGCUGUGGGAGCCUCUCCAGGUGGUCUUCCAGCGGGCCCUGCGGGAUGGCGCCGAGCUGGGGGAAGCCGGGGGCGGCACGCCCAACACGGUCACCAUGGAAAUGCAAUGCCCCACUGGGAACGCGUCCUGAGAGGCAGGUGCCAGCUGGGCGGCAGGGGCCAUAGCCUCCGGAGACCCUCUGCUGCCGAGACAGGAGCUGGGCUGCGGCCACAGGGCCCAGGUGCAAGGCGGAAGGUCUGCUCUGGCUCCUCGUGCCUCCUUCUCCGUGGGCUGGAGGCUCUGGGGUGGCUGGCCGGGAGACCGAGCAGCCACCUACAUGCAGGCCCUCUGGCCGGGCCAAGCUUCCCCUGCCAUUCUCCUCCGUGGCCAGAAGCUGGUCGGCAAAGGAGGGGACGAGGGGUCAGCCAGCCCCCUCCCCCUCCUACCCCUUUCAAUCAGGCCUCCUUGAAAACAAUGUAGCCAGCACCACUGCUCCCCCGCGGGGAGCACCUGUUCGCUCCGUUCCGCCCCCUCAAGGCAGUACUGGCGAGCCAACCCGAACGCGACCGUGCUACCUGGAAGAGAGUUCUGGCUAACCUGCCUUGUAGUUCCAUCCUUCUGCACCCAACAUCCCUGCCCUGAAUCCUUUGGUGACUUUGACGGGGGAGCUUCCGAUCAUGGCAAGCAGCUAGACGGGAAGCGGCCUCGGGCAGCUGGGGCAGGUCACUCUCAUUUCCGACUCCCUGCAGGCCGGCCCCUGGGCAGCCUCCCAGAGCACAGCACGUCCAUGCUGCUGUGCACCUGGUCCUCGAACCUCGGCCCACUGUCCAGGAGUCUCUGGGCUCCAGUCCCCACCCAGGAGUGGGCCCUGGCUCUACCUGGCCACCCCAGGCCACCUCCAAGCACAGGGGCCCUGUGUAGCCAAUGCAAGUUUUAUAGAAGACAAUAAAUGUAUAUCAAUAAACGUUUUAUAUCGUGCACUGA